GCCGACGAACCCGCCGACAAGCACCGAACACGGUCGACGUCAUUCACGCCGCGCCCCCGCUGCCGCGCGUGUGUGUUCGUCCUGGGUGUGUACGCUCGUGUGUGCGAUCGUUCGUUCGGGGUGUGCGCCGGUCGUUCUCUCGACACUCGAUCGCCACCGACCGUAUAACGAUAACGAUAACGGUCUGUACUCUGACGACCACCAAAACGAGCAUAUACAGUAAUUUUUAUUUUUAUUAUUAUUAUUAUUAUUAUUAUUGUCGGUGUAUAACAUAAUUAUUUUAUACUUACCGGGCGAUUGUAGCUCUGUAAAACGACUUUAAUUUCGAGCUCGUGCUUUAAAUUUUAUCGUCUCGCACGCAUUCCAUCGUGAUUUGCCAUUAACUUGUCUACGGUCUAUAUCACACUACAGCCGUCUUUAUUAACACACGUCUUCGCCAGUGAAUCGGCCUGCAGUGCCUGUGUACCACACGCAACCGUGACCACGAACAACCACGACCACGACGACGAGGUACGAACUCGUGAACGCGAGGCGGUGGCACCGCCAUUGGCGGUAGUAACCGCCACGUUGUACGAAAUAGCCGUUGCCGCCGCCGCACACGGCAAACAUGUUCAACUUUGCCAGUAAGAUGAUCAACAGCCUGAUGGCGGCGGGCGAUGACAUGGUCACGGGCACCGAUCCGCAGCAGCCGCAGAGCGCGGUCAACCGUCAACAACCGCACCAGCAGCAGUUUCAACAGCAGCAAGAUUAUGGCGGUGGACGACCUGGAGGUGCGUCCACCGCGGCCAGGCAGUACGGCAUGAAUCAGCAGCAAGCGCCGCAACAGCAGCAACAGCGUAGCAUGGCUGGUGGUGGGUACCCGCAGCAGCCACUUCAGCAACCACAACCACAACAACUCCCCAGACAACCUUCGCAGCAGCCACAGACUAGACUGCAGCAGCAGCAACCGCAGUCACAACCGUCCUUUUACCGUCAACAGCCACCGGCGCCUUUGUACAACAGUGCCAAUACCAGUAGUGGAAGGCCAUUGUCUCAGUCAUCGCCCCAUCAACAGCAGCAGCAACAGCAGCAGCAACAACAACAACAACUACAACUUCAGCAGCAACAACAGCAGCAACAGCAGCAACAACAGCAACAGCAGCAGCGGCAAAGGCAACAGCAACAACAGCAACAGCAACAUCAGCAACGUCCCGGUGGUGCCGGCAUGGUCAUGCCGGCAUUAUCAUCAAGCAUACUGGAAACCACGACGGCCGACCCGGACCCGCUGAGCCUGGACCUGAGCCACCUGAGUGCUGAGGAGCGAGCAUUGAUCCAGAACGUCAUGGCAAAGGCGAAGAACAUGGACGUCACGGAACCAGCACCGGUGGCGCCGUCGCAUUUGGCGAUGCCCAGAACGACGGCGAUGUCGUCGUCAUCUCGAGGCGAAACUGCCUCUAACGGAAGUUACGCGUCGUCCGGCGGCCAAGACUCCACUUACUACAACGGCAAUAACAGCAAAAGUGGCACUCCACAGCAACAGAACUCAUCGUAUCAGGACCGUAACGUCUACCAGCAACAGCACAGGGACGGCGCUGGCGGUGCCGGUGGGUCGUCGUCGUUGUCGUCGUCGUCGUCGUCGUACUCACAACAGCAGCAACACACCACUACUUCGGCGUACCAACAACCCGCCGGCGGCUCGUAUCAGCAGCAUAGUGGUUACAAUUCGGCAGCUGCGGCGGCGGCAAGGCGGCACAUUCAGCAACGUGGUUUCGACGACUACCACCAGCAACAGUUGUCGCCCGAAGAACAGCUGUCACCCGUGUCGCCGGAAAACGAGGUGUCCAUGCCUUACGGAGCCGGCGCCGGCGGGAACUCUCAGCAAUACCACCAGCAGCAACAGCAACAAUUGCAGCAGCAGCAACAACUACUGCAGCAGCAACAGCAACAGCAACAGCAGCAGCUGCAGGGAGAGCGUUCCGGGUCCGAUUCCAGCGACGACGUGAGUCUGGCUGAGUGUCUGGCCGGCGGUGGCGUCGAACUAAUGAACUUGCGGCCGAUGCCCAUGUUGGACGAGAACGGCCAAGUGUUGUUGGACGACGUCGACACCGCCCGAAUGCAGCAGCAGCAACAGCAGCAACAGCAACAACAGCAGCAACGGCGCGAGGAGCAGUAUUGCAGUGAACAGCAAGCGUACUAUGGAGGCAAUCCGACCAACGCAAACGCUUCGGACGUGUACACCAUACCCGAGGACGAGGACGAGCUGAGCAGCCCGACGGGCGCUGACGGUGUGACGAGCCUCCGAAAACGGCAGUUGGCCAACACGUUGACCGGUAUAUCUGGAUUGAACAACAGUAGUAGCUCGGCGGCGGUUAACUUACACCACCAGAUCGUCGAUAACGAGAGGUUCAUGAAGAAAUACGCAGCUGCUAAUUCGGGCAGCUCGGACUCGCAUCAAAGGUCGAAGUUGUCCAACGACGAAUCUUCGGCAGCGUCCGUUUUUACCGACCAAACCCGAUCAAAAAAACUCAACCAGUCGUCUACGAUACAAUCCGGUGUCUUACAAAAUAACAAAUUCCGGGCUGGAGGUGGAGAAACCGUCGUCCAACCAGUGGUGGCUUACGCCCAAAAUUCCCCGUCGUACUACAACGGCAGCAACAGCAGUAGUAGCAGCAGCAGUAACAGUAGCAGAUUCGCGUCGGUUGACGGUGACCACAAUAACAUAUCGUCAGCGUACGAGACUUCUGCUGAAAACUGCGUGUUCCAAGACGACUUGGAAAAAACGCCGGAAUACGAUCGAAUAUGCAAAUUGUUGAAUCAACCGAUUCGCGCGGUCAGUCAUCACGAGUCGAAGUCCAAUAAGACGGUGCAGCAGACAAACCGGAACCAGCACCAGCAGCACCAGCAUCACCAGCAGCAGCAGCAACAGCACAUGCAGCGUCAACUCAAGCAACAGCAGCACAAGAACCAGCAGCACCAAAACCAGCAACAGCAACAGCAACAGUACAACAGCAUGCUGGGCCGUGCGCUGUCGUCUUCGCAACAGAACCGGCAGGCGGCGUCGAACAGCAGCAAUAAUACGUUUGGGAACGUACAAAACUCGAACCGUAGUCGGACGAACUUUCGCUACGACGACGAGGACGACGAGGACGAGUUGUUGGAGCAGCAACAGCAGCAACAGACUCAGCGACACAAUUAUGCAAUACAACCUGCAGCUCAGCAGGUGGCCGCGGCAGCGGCGUCCGACAACGACAGCAGCGGCACGAUCAGCGGAAUGUUGGCCGACUUUAGCCGGUCUAUAGCCAACAUGAACGGCAGUGGAUCGACGGCGACGACGGCUACUCCAUUGUAUAACGGUAGCGACAAGUUCAGCGAAAACAACAACAAAUAUGAUUCCAUGUUGGGUGAAAACGCCCAAAAACAACAAUAUCAACAACAGACGCAACAGCCACAGCAACAGCAACAGCAGCAGCAACAGUAUCAACAGCAUGGUUUCGGUGACGGGUUUUCGACGUCCUCUGGUACGACGACGCAAUUGCGACGUACCCAAUCGAUCAUCAGUCAAAAUCUGCGCGACCAACAGUACCAGCUGUACUGUACAGGUUCGUCGCCGCCUCUCCAGCAGCAACAGCCGGUACAGCAACAGCAGUACGGUGACACUUCCGUCGCUCAACUGCAGCAGCAGCAGCAGCAGCAGCAGCAGCAAACCGCCAACAACGCUUACGGACCGACGGAAGACGGCUUGUUAUACGGAACCGGUGGUGUCGGAACCGGACCUUCGAGCAUCAUCGCGAGACAGGCUCAGCAACAGCAACAGACUAUCGCCGCCGCUUCACAGCUGCGACAACAGCAGUACACGGCCGCCGGCAUCGGCACUGCAGCGAAUACUUUGCUGACCGAAACAAAUUAUUCGUCGUCACCGAUUGGCACCGGAAAUGCAGCCGCGAAACAACAACAAUUGUUCUUUAACAAACGAGGAGACAGUGGCGGCGCUCUAUUCAACUGCCAACAACAGACAUAUCAACAACAGCAAGAAGCCUUAUACCAGCCUUAUCAACCGGAAUACGGCACAUAUCAGCAACAGCAACAGCAACCUCAACAUCAGCCACAUCAACAACUCCCAUACAAUCAAAUGCAACAACAGCAACAGCCGAACCAGCAGCAGCAGCAGCAGCAAUACAAUCAAUCACAACAACAACAACAAUCGCAACAACAACCACAACAGCAGUAUCAACAACAGCAGAACCAACAAUACCAGUCUAGUCAGCUACAGCAAUAUCAGAGGUUUCCGAAUCAAGAUCAACAACAGUUGCCGUCGAAUGUCACCGAUAAUCUUCAUCAAUACGGCAUCGAUCAACAAGUACAACAUCAACAGCAACAAAAUAGGGUGGACAUCAACUCUGGUCAGAAUGUGUCUGCUUUAACACUUAGCGGAGCACCAAUUACUUCGGGUGGUAUAAAAUACGAUGGGACGGCGGCGGAACUUAGUUCUACAGCGUUUAGACCUCUGCAGCAACAACAGGGUCAACGUUGUGACGAUCCGACGGCUAUUUCACUGCAGCAUCAACAGCAUUAUAUCAAUGGCAACAACUACCAGCAACAACAGCAACUGCAACAGCAACAACAACAGCCACAAAAUCAGUUGCAGCAACAGCAGCAGCUGCAGAACAGUACUUUAACGUCUGUCAGUGGAACGAAUACGGCCAGAGUAACGGUACUACUAAAUUCGUCUUCAGCCACAGCGGACCAGCAGCAGACUGGUGUCAAAGCUUUGACUGGCGCGUCGGCGGCGCUUAAAUAUCAGACAGUCGGACAGCAACAAACCUCGUCACAGACAUCGACUUUGCACGCUACACCGCCGCAACAAAACACGCCGGUCAGCACUCCCAGGGGCGCCCUACUGAUCAGUGGCGGCGGGCUUGGUCUCAGAGAUUUGACGGCCUCGCCGUCGGACACCCUCAGCGAACCAGACUCGAUGCGCUCGUCUUCUUUGCGGGGUAGCAACGGUCGGGACGGUCGACGUCGGUUGCCCGACUUACCGCCACCUGACCUGGAGAUAGCUGGCGUACAGUGGCCAGCGGCAGCAAACGCUAAGCGCCGCGAGCGCAUGAUGCGGGCCAUGAUGGAUAAGUUUAAGCCAUUCUCUUCAUCGCGGAAUGUCGCCAACGUGGACGCUUUGAAUUCGGUCUAUGGUUACAGUGGCAAUAAGUUUGCUACUAAUCGACCCGGCAGUAUGAGUGAAACCAAUUUACUGAAGUAUCGACCUCAGAAAGAUGGCGGUCCGACAUCCACAGUACGACCAGAAUCAGCGCUGGGUCUUUUGCAAGGUUCGAGCCUGGUGAGCAGCACCGGGGAACAGACGCCUUCGAUGGCCAGGCAAUACGGAGGUUUGACGCGGAAAUACGGAUCGGACGGCGGCGACGAACUGGCCGCUUGUCUGCCUCCCGACCUGCGGCAUUUGUUGUCAGCCACCACGGCGGCGACACCGCAGUCGCACCACCGGCAGACGACAACCCAACGACUGCAACAACACGGACUGCUGCAGAGGAGUCCAGCGGCGACGGCCGCCGCCAAUUCACUGAACAACACGGCCGCGAUGAGCUUAUACGGCGGUGGCGGAGGCAGGAAGCCGUGGUCAUCGUCGUCGUCAUGGUCGUAUCACGACGACACGGGCAUUGGUUACCCGUCGGCCGUAGACCGUCGCAUCGGUGGUGCCGGCAGGCAGGCGGCAGCCUUGUUCGGCGGAGGCGGUGGCGGCGUGGGCCUCGGAGGCCUGGACUCACAUCAUUACCGCAGCAGUGGCGGGGGUAGGACAAUAACUACAGCGAGAUCGAUGGGUGGAGUCUAUGACGGUAACAGUCUGUUGUACCGCUGUUCCACUAGUAACGUUCCUGACCAUCUGGAAAGAAGAUGGUACCAGAAUCAGCAGCAACGACAAACCGGCAGCGGUGGACGGCUGAUCAGAGGGUUGGGCGGUAACAAACACUUGUCGGACGUGUACGACGACGAUGACCUGCUGCGAUUACAGCAGCAAGACGACGCCACGGUUGCCGCACUGUUGCUGGACGACGUCGUGUUGGGCGGAGGUUACAGCAGCAGAAACUCGGACUUUAUGCCAUCUAGACCUAGGUCCCGGUCAUAUGGCGGCGGCGAAGAUCCGUCGUCCACUACGUCUUGGCGUCACUGGCCCGACACCGGCGGUGGAUCUGGUUAUCUGGGUGGCGCAUUGCGCGAGACCGCCAUCGGCUCGUCGGCAGCGAUUUACGAUCACAAUGGCCACCGGCGCGGGACGAACACUGCGAUGAAUUCCGCCACGGCCGAUCACAAAAGAUGGGACGUUCGGCGUCACAACCGUCGGCAGCGUCGGUACAGCGACGGCGGCGGAGAUUCGGAACCGCGCCGGUCGUACGAUUACCACCCACACCUGCAGAUGACCUCGACAGCGGCCAUGAUGAAGUACGGCACACCCAGCCGCCGGUCGCGUUCGUGGGACCCGUCGCCGUCGCCGACACCGACCGCCUAUCUGAGCGGAGGCGACGACGGUGGAGGCUACGGCGGCUACGGUGGUUACUGCGACUACAUGGACGACUACGGCGGCGGCGUCGGAAUCGGCGACUACGAAUCGCUGGCAGCGCUGGCCGCCGAGGAGGAGCACGACGAGGAGCUGCAGCGCGAGGAGAAAAAGGCCAGGAUCAAGGCGGAGAUCGCUCGGCGUCGGCGGCAGAUCGAGGACAACGUCCGGCUGCACGAGGAGUUGCUGCGCCUGGCCCGGAUCCGCGAGAACGCCGAACAUGAGUAUUCGUCGUCCAUGCUGCCGUCGCUAUCCGCUGCAGGUGGUUGCUACGCGGGACGGCGGCCGAUGACCGAGGACGAGUGUCAAGUGUUUGCGCGCGCAGCCGAAAAGAUAGCCGAGGAACGGUCCAUGGAGCGGAUCGCGUCCACGUUCCGGACCGCUGCUGCGGCGGCCGCCGAGGAUUACAUUCGCCGCGGUGGCAUCUACGGUGGUGAGUACGGCACGGCGGCUGGCUGUGUGAUCGGUGAUUACACGCCCCCUCACGCCAUGCCGCUGUUGCCGGACAUGCCGACCAGGAGCAGGAGGCUGCUAGAGAAUCUGGGAAGUUCGCCGAUCACCGAUUCCGUGCUAUUGGACGGCGAACAGAAAGCCAUGCAGAAGAAAGUCAACUUUCUCAACGUCCUAUGAGACGGAUAAAAAAAAACACGCCAUCGCUUAUAUAUAAUAAUAAUAAUAAUAAUAAUAAUAAUAUCAUGUGUUCCAUGUGCCGUGGCUUGAAAUCCAAUUGGAAGUUUUCAAUUUUAAUUCAAAGCAAUUAUAUAUCGAUUUAAUCGUUUCAGAACUCGUAGAUAGAUUUUCAACAUAAUACAAUGAAAAGAAAAAUAAUUUUUCUUUUUUCAAUUAAAAUAUCACUUUUACAAUUUUGAUUUCUAACUAUACUAGUUUGAUUGUCGUUCGUGCUUUCCAAACACGUCGUCCAGGACAAGCCUGCAGAAAAUCUGAAAUUUUAGUUAUUAUUACAUACAACUUUACUGAUGAACAAUAUUAUGGCUCUGUUGGAUAUUGUUGUGUUUUAAAUUGUAAUAAAUUUAAAAUCGACUUGCCUAUCAAAAUUAUAAAACGGUUAUUAA